UUCUUUUUGCAAAUAACCCUCAGCUUCUGUGAUAUAAGAUAUAACAAUAACCAUCCUCCAUGUCUUGUAGAAAGUAGGACUGUAUUGAAUCAUACUGAAAAGUGAAAACUAUACAGGAGGGGCCUAUAUAUAGAGGCUGACUAGCCUAGCAGUACAUACAAUAAAACAAUGGGGGACUAUAGUUCACUAACUAUAAUACAAAAUGGGGGACAUAACCUAACAGUGUAAUUAGCAAGAAAAGAGCAAAUGAGGGAAAUAAUUUCUAUUGCAAGUCUUCCAAAAGAAAUUUUCACUGGAAGGUCCAAUAAUUUCUAAGGAGCCUUGUUCCUACAUGUGGUUUGUUACCCAGGUUGUAUGGGGCUUUGCUAGACAACUCAUAUUAGCAACUCAUCUUUUCUGAAUAGUACAGUAAUACAUUAUAAUUAAGUUUUAUAUUCUUGUAAUUGAAGCAGAUUCUCAGCUGCCAAUUGUGGUAGAUUUUGUGUAGCUCAAAUAUUUUAUAUUGCAUGGAUGAGUCUAAUGGGGUUCCUCCAUUUGCUCAUCCCCAUACAUAUAAACAGGUGUACAUCAUAGGUGGAGAUGGCGCAAUGCGUGGGGCUGUGAAGAUAUUUGAUGAAAUCCGUUGCCGGAAACUGAAUAUUGCAGUUGUUGGGAUCCCCAAAACCGUAGACAAUGAUAUUGGAAUCAUUGACAGAUCAUUUGGAUUCCAGACAGCAGUAGAAAUGGCACAGCAAGCAAUAAGUGCAGCUCAUGUGGAGGCUCAGAGUGCAGUUAACGGAAUAGGGCUAGUGAAGCUGAUGGGUCGAAGCACAGGUCACAUUGCCCUUUAUGCAACAUUGAGCAGCCGCGAUGUGGACUGCUGCUUGAUUCCUGAGACUGAGUUUUACUUGGAAGGAAAAGGAGGGCUGUUUGAAUUUCUUGAGCAGCGGCUGAAGGAUAAUGGGCAUGCGGUACUAGUAGUUGCUGAAGGGGCUGGACAGGAUAUGAUACCAAGGACUGAUGCACAGAAGGAGGAGAGGGAUGAAUCUGGGAACCCUGUCUUCUUAGACAUUGGUGGGUGGUUGAAGUCAGAGCUAAAGAAUUGGUGGACAAGAGACCAUCCAAAUGAGUUGUUCACUGUAAAGUACAUAGAUCCAACAUACAUGAUACGAGCAGUUCCUGCAAAUUCUACAGAUAACCUGUACUGUACACUUCUAGCACACUCGGCAAUUCAUGGGAUUAUGGCAGGGUACACUGGAUUUGUAGCUGGUCCUAUAAAUGGAAACUAUGCCUAUAUACCAUUGGAGGAGGUGGCACAGGCUAAGAAUGAAGUUGACAUAAAAGACCACAAAUGGGCAUGGGUCAGAUCUGUCACCAACCAGCCCGAUUUUGUGAGGAACUAAACAUUGAACCACGCGGUUCUUCGUUAAGGAGUGUCUCAUCCAGGCUUUGUGGUCUCUUAAAGUGAUUCUCACCGAUCGAGUGUUUAUGGCCUAUUGAACUGGACAUCAGGUUUCAGAUUAUUGCUUGCUGGUAAUGUUUUUACUAUUUGGUAGCAAUACAAGCAAUAGAAAAGUUAGUUUUUUUGGUGCUGUUGUGGCUGUGUUUGAUUUGUGAAGUAUCGGAUGAAGAAAAAUAUAUAGCUGAUGGAUAUUUUCUUGGAGAAACUACACUUACCCCCA